CCGCCAUCGGUGGUACAUUCGGUUGCCUUCUCCAGGAUUUUCGCAACUGACUGCCCGCCAAAUCAACAAGCUGUCUUCACCAAAUUCUACCCAAAUGGCUUGCCGUGGGUCUACAAGAUGCUUCAAACCCCUGGGCCCCGCGGUGUCGCGGAAACAUACCUCGAAGACUACCUUCCUGUCGGAUUCUACACGAACCCAAAGGCCGGUGCUCGUGCCAUCUUUUCCACCAUCGAUGGGAAGGACCCGUUCCGCAGCGUGCAACACCUACUGCCGCAGCGUCGAAUCCACCUCUGGAACAAAGAUGAGAUCCAGUCGGUGUGUAACUCCAUCCGCGCGAUCUACUGGGAACACAUGAGGGGGAUGCGCGAGCCGAAGUGUUGGGAUGAUCUCUGGACAUAUUUCGAUUCCUGGGAUCUCUACCACUACGGAGCCAUGAAUCUCUGGAACUUGGUAAACACCCUCUUCGACGAGAACAAAAUAAUUUUCAAAGACAUCGCCAAGGAAACCGCCCUGCACGUUGGCUACUGGGCUGACGCGUGGAUCGCGAGAGAAGCAAACAAGAUCAAACUUGCUCAGUGGAACGGAUCUCAAGUGAUCCCUCUUUUGACCGAUGAAGAUUGGAAGUCCCUUGGGAAUGUUCACGAUGACACUCUCCCAGUCAUUUCGAGUGCUCUCAAACACAGGAGAACCUUGCUUCUUGCACCCGACAACGGUGUUGAACAGCAGAAGCCCAACGACCUCAUGUCAUCUUGCCAGAAUAACAGCCUUGAGAACUGGCUAGCUGGAGAAAAGAUAUUUCAACACAAUGGCCUGCCUUCUCCUCCGCAUGCCGAGUCCCACCCUUGUUCCCCGGUGUCCAAAAAUGCGCCCGCCCCUGUCCUUGUGCAGAAUGGGAACCACUACUUUCUCUACCCGGAACCUGUGAGACAGCCACACCCACAGCAAGCUCGGGCCCCGACAGAGGCUGUCAGAGCCCUGCAGCAGUCUGUUGCAGCGGCUGGAGCUCCUCCGAAGUUGAACACACGUGGAACCGCUCCCAACUCGAACACAACUGGAUUCGUCAUUGCAAACGGUAGUAGU